AAACAGUAUAUUAGCAAGUCAUUUAUACUAUGACUGUUGAAAAGUCUAUAAUUUCCUUUACUCCGUUAUUUUCGGUCCAUCAGUGAUUGUUAACCCCUUUUAAGCUCUGGUUUUCCCUUGUCCACCUUCCGCAAUUAACGCAGGAAAAUAUUAAGCUAGAGAGAGAGAGGAAGUCACUAUGGACUGAUUUUUGAGACUUUAAAAUAAUAUUUCAAUGGUCUCGAGAAUUUGCAAUGCUACUUCAGAAGAAAACUUGACCCACGUAAAGAUUCAGUUAGAUGUCAUCUGGGUCGGUCUUGUUUUCCAGCGAGAGUCAGCGUAACAUAUUUAUACACACACACAUAUUCCUUUUUGCAAAUGGUUCAAGUGGAAAUAUUGCUGAAUUUGCUGCAAAUGGCUAUAUUGGCCUCUGUUUGAUGGUGUAGGGGUCAUUACACUACUGGAAAAAGAGAUUUUUCCCGCCGCGAAUUAGUGGGAAAUUUGUUAUUUUUCUACCUCAUUCUCACCGAACCAGCUCACUUAGAAAACGGACGGUGGGAAACAGAUUUCCAUUGAAAUGCUAAAAAAUUUUCUAAUUUUUCCGUGUGAAAAUACUACUAUUUUUUUCGUCACUAAACAUUUUUCAGUCGGAAAAUAGUGACUUAGUGUUAAUGUAUACUUGUCCUUGAUGGGCUGUGUGGCCUCAAAGCAGUUCGUGUCCGUAACACCUGCAUGUGAUCAAUAUUCAGGUACUCUAAGAGAAAAUGACGACAGCAAGAAUGAUGCAUUGGUGCCUGAAUUUGAUUUGAAGAAGAGAGGAAAUGAUGAGUUGGGUGAAUUAGGAAAGACAAGUUCCAAUGGUUGUGGUAGUGAGUCAGCGAGUUUCAAGCUAGGGAACUUGCAGAAGUAUGUGGGAGGAGAGCAAGUGGCUGCAGGUUGGCCAGCAUGGCUUACUACAUUUGCAAGUGAAGCUAUUCAUGGCUGGUUGCCACUCAAACCUGAGUCUUUUCAGAAAUUAGAAAAGAUAGGUCAGGGUACAUAUAGCAGCGUAUUCAGAGCUCGUGAUUUAGAAAGUGGAAGGACAGUUGCAAUGAAGAAAGUGCGAUUUGAUAAUUUUGAGCCAGAAAGUGUUAGAUUUAUGGCACGAGAAAUUAUGAUUCUUCGCAGGUUUGACCAUCCCAAUAUAAUGAAGUUAGAGGGGAUAAUUACCUCCAGAUUAUCUUCUAGUGUAUAUCUAGUGUUUGAGUACAUGGAACAUGAUAUUUCAGGACUCCUGUCAUGUCCUGAAGUCAAGUUCAGUGAAUCACAGGUUAAAUGCUUAAUGAAACAGUUAUUAUCUGGACUUGACCAUUGUCAUUCUCGAGGUGUAAUGCAUCGGGAUAUCAAAGGUGCAAAUCUUCUGGUUAAUAAUGAGGGAGUUCUGAAGGUUGCAGACUUUGGAUUGGCGAACUUCUCUAACCUUGGACAGAAGCAACCACUGACCAGUCGAGUUGUCACUUUAUGGUAUCGUCCUCCUGAGCUUUUGUUGGGCUCAACAGAUUAUGGAGCUUCUGUGGAUCUCUGGAGUAUUGGAUGUGUGUUUGCAGAAAUUCUUACUGGUAAACCAAUCCUUCAGGGGAGAACUGAGGUUGAACAGCUGCAUAAAAUUUUUAAACUUUGUGGAUCUCCAGCAGAUGAUUACUGGAAGAAAUCUAAACUCCCUCACGCGACUGUAUUUAAACCACAGCAUCCUUAUGAGAAUUGUCUUUGGAACACCUUUAAAGAUCUACCAGAAAGUGCAGUUUCACUCAUAGAUAUUCUUCUUUCUGUUGAGCCACACAAACGUGGAACUGCUUCUUCUGCCCUUGCAUCUGAGUACUUCAAGACAAAGCCUCAUGCUUGUGAUCCUUCAAGCCUACCAAAGUACCCACCAAGCAAAGAGAUUGAUGCUAAACACCGUGAAGAUGCAAUAAGGAAGAAGCCAAGUGGAAGAGCCCGCGGACCAGACUUGACAAGAAAGUUAACCAGAAAACAGAAUGCACUCAGUAAACUGGCACCAGAAGAGAAUUUACCCAUCCAAAAUAAAGGUGGUCAUAAAAGUGACAGCAAUACUGUAACUACUCAAAAAGAAGAGAGAGAUAGCAUUACAAGUCUUGAGCGACGUAAGCCGCCAGUUGAUGUGAUGGUAGAGACUUCCCAUGUCAAGAAUGCAUCUCAAGGUGAUGUCCCCUUUUCAGGUCCACUUCAAAUUUCAGGAUCAAGUGGCUUUGCAUGGGCAAAAAGAAGGUUUGAUGAUUCAUCAGUAAGAUCACGAAGGAGAUCUAGUGCGAGAAGCCUUAUUUUUGAACCUUCACUUGCAUUGCAUUUGGAAAAUAACAUGGAGCCAAAAAUACAACAUAACUAUGAACUUACCAGUGCAAAUCAGACCAAUUCUAUAGGCCAUGAUACCGCUGAACCCAUCAAGCAUGCAAUUCAUAGACGUUGGAGCCAAUUAGAGCAUCCAGAUUCCUUUGAUGCUUCUGAUGGCUACCACUCACAAGAACUGUCGCUGGCACUAUAUCUUAAAGAGGAGACAGCUAUCAAGAGAAUCAAUUUGGUAGAGGAUCAAGGGGACAAAGUAGAUUUUUCUGGACCACUAAUGGCUGAGUCUCAAACACACAGAGUUGAAGAACUCCUAGAGAAACAUGAGAGCCAGAUCCACCCGGCAGUUCGAGGAUCGUGGUUCCAAAGAGGAUUAAAGCUUCACUAAUGUCUGCAACAUAGAAGAUCAAAUUUAAAAAUUUCUGGCAUGUAUAGUCAUAAUAGUUAGGAAAUGGAAGGUGAUUGCUGUGGUGCUCCUGUUUCACAUAGUCUAUGGAAAAGCAAUCAGCCACAGAAUUUUUAUAGUGGGCUUCAUAACCAAUAAGUUCACAUACCAGAAAGCUUCCAAAUCGGUACAGAAACGAUUGCAAGACUUUGAAAGCUCAGAAUUGAAUGGAUUGAGAUCUGUUGAAUUCAAGACCAGAAAGCCAUGAAAGUACAAAUUGAAGAAUGAAGGAAGGAAAUUAAUUGCCUCUUCUCCAGAUAAGGAAAUCAGUACUCAAGCUCAAAAGAAAGGGAUGAACUAUCUUUUAUAUGGAGCUCUUCAUCUCAAUCCCCUGCACAGGUGAGUGUCAAAUGACAGCUGAGAACCAGCUCUUCAGGAGUUGUGGUGGUGCAGACAUGGAAGCUCAUUUUUUCUUUUAAGAUGGCCAAUACACACGCGCGCACAUGGUUCCUCAGUACUGCAUGUCUCUAGAUAUCUUCUCCAAAAUUUCAUUCCGAGCGUUUUUCCCUUAAGCAAUGUAUAGUUCCAUACAAUGAUAGAGACAUCCUUUGGUUACAGGUGCACAGUUUUGCAAAGAAAUAACAACUUAUUUCUCUGCUCAUCAUCAUUUGAUUGAAUAGCU